AUAUAUAUAUGUGUGUGUAAGUAGAAAUAUCAUAUAUGCUGCAGAUGCGAAGUUGUCAAAUAAAAUGUGCUUUAUUUCAUUAUUUAUACAGAUUACUUCUAACCAAUUUAACCUAUUAAUAUGUAAAUCUGAUUUCAUUGAUAAAACUUGGAGAAAGAUCAAUAUGAUAUGCGUUUAUUACUUAUGUUAUUAUUAGCAUGUAUUAUUUCAGAAACAUCUGAUACUGGAGUUAAAUUUGGAAAACUGUACGCCUCUAAAUCGAAAAAAAAUACUCCACUGUUUAAUUUAAAACCUUUGAGUGCUAAUGUAAUUGAUGAAUGUAUAGACAAUCAAGAAGUUAAUCCUUUUUUUGCUGAAUUAAAUUCCUUACCAAAAAUUCGGAUAAACAUUAAAAAGAAAAUUAUUCCACGGUUUUGCGGAUUUAAUAAUGAAAAAUAUAAAUAUCAAGUUGGAUCAAUUAAUAUCAAAAUGGCAUACUCGAUUUUACUGUAA